AUUUAAUAUAUAGAAAAAAAUCAUAAAUGAUCAAAGAAUAUGAUUAUUUGUUCAAAUUAGUCAUAAUUGGUAAUUCUGGUGUAGGAAAGAGUUCUUUAUUAUUGAGAUUUGCUGAUGAUUAAUUUAGUGAGUCUUACUUAACAACAAUUGGAGUAGAUUUUAGAUUUAGAACUUUGCCUAUUGAUGGCAAAAAUGUAAAAUUAUAAAUAUGGGAUACUGCAGGAUAAGAGAGAUUUAGAACAAUAACAAGUGCAUAUUACAAGGUUAUAUAUCAAUUAUUAUAACAAGGGGGCAGAUGGAAUAGUUAUGGUAUAUGAUGUCACUUAAGGAUAAUCAUUUGAUGAUAUUGAUAAAUUUUGGUUACAUGAAGUUGAAUCAUAUGGAGAAAAGAAUGUUUAAUUAUUAGUAAUAGGAAAUAAAAAUGAUUUGGAUGAACAAAAAUAGUAAGUUUUGUGUAUUAUAAUUUUUAAGAGUGGAAAGUUCAAAAGCAUAAGAGUAUUGUAAAUCACAUAAUAUGCUAUUUAUGGAAUGUAGUGCAAAGACAGCAGAUCAUGUAAAUAAUGCAUUUCUUGAACUCUCGAGAAAGUUGAUGGCAAAGAAAGAUGCUUCUCAACCAUCUAAAUCUUCCAAUUCUACACCAAGUGGUUCUCAAUCAUCUUAAGCUAAAUAAGGAGGGUAUUUUAAUUUUCAAUUUUUAUUUAUUUAGAUCAUACAAUACAAAUCCAUCAUAGACCAAACUUAGUGCUAAUACAUCAAAUUAGAAAAAAUAAAAAGAUGGAGGAUGCUGUUGAUUAUUCUAAUCAUAAUAUAAC